AUGUCGAGUAAGGAAUUCAAACAAUUUUUGCGACAAAACAAAUUGCUUUUACCUCAGCAACCGAUUCAUGAUGAUUUCUUAGACGUUAUUGAAAAGGUGUUCCACUGGUCUUGUUUCUACGGUGUAUUCGGUUCCAAGAGGUUCAUUAGCUUAAUAUGGAGCACCUUGAUACUAGGAUCUCUGGUCAUCAUCGAAGUCUUGGCUAUCUGGAAGGUUAUAAGAGCACUCGCUGGUGUUGCUAGAGAUAUGAGUGGUCAUCGAAGCGUAACAGCCCGUCUAGCAGGAACCAUAUUCUAUUCCAUUUCAAUACUAUCCCUAGUACUCAUCUCAAAACUUUACUAUAACUGGAGAACAAAUAUAGCAGGAAUAUGGGGUAAAGUGGAACGCUCCGUUGGUGUCAAAAUUCCUGUGGAUAAGACAUUGAAAUGUCGCAUGUCUUUUGUUGCUGGUCUUAUGACGUUUUGCUCAUUCUUUGAACAUGCACUGAGCAUACUAGCAUCAGUAGGAUUUGACUGUCCGCCAUCUUUGAUACUGAAGCGAUAUGUUCUGGUUUCACAUGGAUUCAUUUUUAUGGGACAGGACUAUUCCGAAUGGUUUGCCAUGCCACUAGUCAUUAUAAGCACCAUAGCCACCUUGCUAUGGAACUUUCAAGAUCAGCUGAUAGUACUCAUCAGUAUGGGCUUGACUUCAAGGUAUCGGCGACUCAACGAAUGUCUAGCCAAAUUUUGUGAGUUGGAAAAGCAGCAUAUGGAUUCUGAUAAGAAAGUAGAAGCAGUAAAAGUGUACACUUGGCGCAAGAUAAGAGAAGCGUACGUGAAGCAAGCGAUGCUGGUCCGCAAAAUUGAUGUCGCUCUCGGCGGUAUUAUCAUUCUGUCUUGUUCCUGCAACUUCUAUUUCAUAUGCUUGCAAAUGUUUCUGGGAAUUACGCAAGGAAUGUCCACAGAUUUUUUGACAGGGCUCUAUUACAUGGUAUCGCUAGCUUGGUUAUGUAUUAGAGUGCUUAGCGUUGUAUUAGCUGCAUCAGGCGUGAAUACUCACUCAAAAUUAGCCCUUAAUCAUCUUUAUACUUAUGAAACCCAUUGUUAUAAUGUUGAGGUAGAGAGACUCCAAGACCAACUUACUAAAGACUACAUCGCUCUAAGCGGGAUGGGUUUCUUCUAUCUAAACAAAACUAUUUUGUUACAGAUGGCAGGUGCAAUAAUAACUUAUGAACUUGUGUUGAUUCAGUUUGAUGAUCAAGGCAAUGAUGGGAUCGCAUUAAAUGCUACUAACAUCUGA